AUGCCUCUCUUGAAUUCAAGAUCCUCGACGGCCUUGAAUUUGUCAUCCUCUUCUUCCCACUCCAAGAAGACUCUCAAGAACUCGAAAUCCUCGACUUUCAGCUUAUCCUCAUCCUCCUCGUCUCACUCCAAGACGACCCUCAAGAGCUCGAAGUCCUCAACUUUCAGCGUGUCGUCCCCCAAUCCAAGGACGACCCCAUCAAAGAAAGUUUCCUCUUUCAACUUUGAUCAAGAGCUCCAUUGCUUGGCAAAGCUCAAUAUUGUGAUAAAGGAGGACCCGGUACUAUCUCAAACAGUCGACAGUGAGUUGAUCUAUCGGUUCGCAUACUUUCACUCAUUUGACUACGAAACAGCCCUGACAGCCCUCCAGCAGAACUACAACAGCCGAUACCUUACUCUUUCUCUAACGGACAAGGAUCUCUUUGCACAGUUCCAGAAGCAUACCAUAUUUCCUCUUCCGGAUCUCAAGACGCAAAACAAAUGCAAUGUAUUCUAUACCAGGCCUUCUCGAUAUACUCCAGCAAACGCAAGCAACGACGACACUCGUCUGAUAAUAGACAAUCUGUGCUAUGUUCUCAAUGAUUUGAGUCAAACCAAGAAAGAAUGUCGCAAGGGAGUUGCCCUGAUUGCCAACAUGAAUGACUGGACCAUGAAGAACUUUUCUCAAGACUACUGCCUUCAAUUUAUGCAAGCUUUGCAAGGAAAGAUGGUCCCUACGAAGGUGGAACUCUUUCUCAUUGUCAAUCCACCUUCAUGGUUUGGGCGUAUUUGGAAGGUAAUGAAACCCAUGUUAUCAAAAUCCUUUUCCAAAAAGACGCACAUGAUCAAAGAAGAGCGGCUGGGAGAAUUUCUAAUGGAAGGAUACGAGCAUUUCUUGCCGGACGAAAUUACUGGAGGCUGGAAACAUACGGCAGAGAUUGUGGAGGACUAUGUAGAUCUGAAGCGCUACGAGGACGAACAAAAGCUGUUGGCGAUAUCAUAG